GAUUAUAUUGGGCCACCAGAUUCUGUGUCAAAUUUACGUCAAAUAUCAUUCCGAACUUUAAACCAAUCAGAAUUAGAGAAGAAAUAUCACACACGUUCUGAAGAUGUUAUGAAAUUCAAUCAGGAAUUUUGGGAACAACAUAACACCAAUUUUGUCAAGGAAAAAGAUAAAUUUGUAGAAGCUAGAUUGAAACUAAAGAGAGAUGGAGAAAAUACACUGAGUGCUGAAGAAAUGUCUGAAUUUUAUAGAGAAUUUUUAAAUAAGAAUUAUAAAUCUCAUGUACAGUAUAACCUAGAAUGGUAUAAAAGAAAUAUUUCCCUACUUGGCCCAGCAUUUAAAGUUUCUAUACAUAGAUUACUACAGAAAGUUGGAAUCAGGUGA